CUCCUCCUCUCUUUUCCCCUCAUCCUACGAUCACUUUCCAGUCCUCCCUUUUUCCCUCCUUCCGCUCUCUCCAUCUUCAGUCGUACCCUGGUGGUCGCUGAUCUUCUUCGCUAGUCGAGACAUUCACUUUGCAAAUAUCAACGCCCCCCACACUCUCUAUACCAUACCCCGAGUUUCUCUGCGAGAACUUGACCAUUCACUUUCCCCUCAUUAGACAAGCAUACCUCUCUCAUCUACAUCCAACGCCAAGAUGCUCUUCACCCCCGCCGUCAUCUCCGCCCUGACCCUCUCUGCCGUGUCGGCUGUGCCGCUCAAGCACGAAGGACGAGCCCUGGGUGUCACCAGCUUCAAUAAGCUGAUGCUGCGAGGCCAGCAUGCCGAUGCCCUUCGCGGUCAGAACCUGACUCCAUUCCAGCGAUCGCCUGCUGGUAUGAUCGCCGCAAUGGGUCAGAUUCAGGCCCUCGCUGCACGCUCCACCACCGAUGAUUUCCAAGGAUUCUCGGGCGUGCUGAGCCUGGUGCAGUGCAUGGUCGACACCCUCCUCGCCAAGGCGGACUCGUCUUGCUCCGCAGACAGCAGCGAUCUCAGCUCUAGCAACGUCGCCGAGUCCAAGAUCAGUGAAUUGCUGGGAAGCCUCAGUACCGCCGUCACUGCAGCUCAGGAGCAGGCUAGCAAGAGAGAUUUCUCACAGCCUGCUGCCAACCCACUGGAGCUCUACGCUCGCUCCUCGACCAAUGAUGCACUGGCCGUGCUGAGCAACUUGCAGCUUCAGAUCGGAAACCUGAUGACUGAUCUGGUCACUUUGGCCCAGGAGGGUUCUGCUUCCAACUCCACUGAUGGUGGCGAUGACAACGAACCUUCCACUACCACGACCAAGACUCACACUCACCACACUCACACCAAGGGCCACCACAGCACCAAAGCUACUGCUACAGUCAGCUAUGGAGCCAAUGGUGUGGCCUGUCCAGCUGCCACUGCCGAGAACCUCGGUCAGUACAUCCCCGGAUGCCCAGGUUACGGUCGAAGGAGUCUAGCUGAGAAGCGAGAUGUCACCGAGAAGCACCUGAACAAGCUCGUCCCAGCUUUGGCUACCAUUCUAGAGCAGGUGCCCAGCCUCAUUAUGGACACUGCAGCCGCUUCUACCUCGUCGAACGCCACCGAUGUCAAUGUCACCCAGCUCGCAACGAUUGCCAACCUGACUAAUAACCUCACCAAUUCGACUGAGUACAAGGACGUCGUCAAGGACUUCAAGGUCAUCCUCAAGGCCCUCACCAGCAGUGCUGACACAACGGCUACAGUCACUAAGACCAUUCUUCCAACUUCGACGGCGCCAAAUGCUAAGCUGGCAAAGAACAGCAAGAAGGAAAAGUCUACCAAGAAGGAGGAUAAGAAGACCAAGACCAAGACGCAGACUCAGACAAUGACAAUGACUGUCACUGCUACUUCUACACCUACCUCCACAAGUACAACCAAGGAUAAGACCAAGAGCCACAAGACUCACAAGACUCACGAGACGACUGAGACUGAGACCAAGACCAAGACCAAGACCAAGAGCACCAAGUCGGCAAAAUCGACCGAGACUGUCAAGAACAAGAACAAGAAGGUGGACGAGGAUACCAUGACUUCCACUCUGAGUGGAACAUCGAGCGAGCCUACUUCAACGGUCACCGUCGUUGUGACUGCGACUGGUUCGGGCUCUACCUCCAGCACAAGCACGAGUACACUCACUUCGGCUGCCUCAAACACCAGUACUGCAGCGACCACUACUACUGCAUCUACCGAUGCUGCCGUAGCUAGUGCCCUGGCUGACGAGAACGAGUCCGACGAAGAGGACGAAGACGACGAGGAUGAUUCCAGCACCGGUACCACCAGCACGACCGCCGAUAACUUCAAGGUGUCCCACACCACCUCUUCCGCCGCCUCUGCUGCCACCAUUGCCCACGGUGCCAUUUCCUCCAGCCAAGAGGAGCGACGUGACUUUUCCUCUCUCCUCGAGGGAGAUGGAAUGCGCUAUGUCCGUCGUUCUGCAGGCAAGAUGAGUGGACUUUCUGAAAGUCAAUUGGAGAAGCUCAAGACUAUCUUGGACUCGUUGAGUCAGGAGACUAGAAAGUCGAAGAAGCAUAUUAAGACUAGGACUAAGAGUAAGACUAGCACUAGCACCGCCGUUGAGACUACAAGUGCUGCUAAGCGAGCAAAGGGUGAUGUGGAGAGUGUAGACUUUGAUUUGCAGACGAUCAAUGAUCUCAUCGUCACGCUCAUCUCUGGCGAGACUACUUCGGCCAAUUCCACCUCUACUUCUACUUCUACUUCUACUUCUGGCGAUGGUGACAAUGACGGUGGUGACAAUGGCACCAGCUCCUCGUCUUCCUCAAACACUACCGACACCACCACCACCAGCAGCAACACUACCGACACCACCACUACCACCAACACUACCGAUUCCACCUCCAACUCCACCGAUCCCACUACCAACUCCACCGGUUCCGACACAAACUCCAGACGCUCUCCUCCCUCUUUUGCUCUCACCAACCUCUACCCUCGCGCCACACAUGCACAGGCACAGGUACAGGCACAGGAAGAGCUAGCUCGUCGCUCCCUCUCCACUCUCCGCAGUCUUGUAAAGACCAUGGAAUCCGAAUCCACAGGAGGGAUGAGCGAGAUGCAAAGAAGGGAUGUGACACUUGCUGAGGAACUCAUUGAUUUGCUGGUUUCGCCUGGUCAAAAGGGAUGGUCGAAUGCGGAUUUGAUUGCUGAUAGUAAGUAAGUGGUGUGCUUACGUGGUGCGUUGGGAAGGAAGGAGAGAAGGAAAGGGAGGAAGAGAAUGGUGUGAGAAUGAGAAUGAAGGAGAUCGAGAGAAAUUGAGAGGGAGAGAGAGAGGAAGGAGCCUAUCGUACGACCAAUGCCCACCUCGAUACGCUCAUCACGACACGACAAGACGACCAUCACACACUCUCUCACGUUGCGUUACGUUACGUUACGUCAUGUCACCCCUCAUGGGUUCUUAUUUGCAAAGCAAGACCAAACAAUGUUUCAUCCCCCAAACCCAAACCCCUUGUCAAUACAUAAACUAGCAAAGUCGCGGAGAGUAGGGAGGGUCUUUACCUCUUUACCUUACUCUUUUUUCAAUCACUACCCUUGUACGUCUUCUGC